AACAGAGUGAUGGUAGAAGGAUAAGGUGAUGAGAGUGAGAACUGAGUAGUGUGAAGGUUGUAUCUUGUGAGACAGCGAGUCAAGAGUGAUAACAAUGGUUGCUUCUUCCCUCUCCUUUCUCCAUUCCUGCGCAUUCCCCUCUUCUUCUUCUUCCUCUUCCUUGUUCACAACUUCAACACCCAAUCCAAACUCGUUACCCUUUGUGGUUGAAGCCAAAUCCAGGACCCGAACAGAUGACAGGACUGCUCGUCACGCCCGCAUCCGCAAGAAGGUUGAAGGGACUCCUGAAAGACCAAGAUUGGCUGUCUUCCGCUCCAACAAGCAUCUUGCUGUCCAGGUGAUAGAUGACACCAAGAUGCACACGCUUGCUUCAGCUUCCACAAUGCAGAAGGCAAUUGCGGAAGAGUUCAGCUACACUGCUGGCCCUACAAUCGAAGUAGCGAAGAAGGUGGGUGAGAUCAUUGCAAAAUCCUGUCUGGAGAAAGGAAUCACUAAGGUUGCAUUCGACCGAGGUGGAUACCCAUACCAUGGCCGUGUUCAAGCACUUGCUGAUGCAGCUCGUGAAAAUGGUCUGGAUUUCUAGAAUGAGAAGUAUCUUUCCCUUGUAUUUCAUGUUCAAAUUUGUAAUCCAGUGUUGUAAAAGUUUUCUAAUGACAUUUCCUCUUUUCCAGUGAUUUUGUUAUGAUUCAUCGGCUCCUGUUUAUCCA